GACGAGACUCCUUCAUCCAUCACAUAAACCUCCACCCUCCUCUCCUCUCCACAUUGCUUGUGAAGGGAAUAAGAAAUGUCUUACACGGCCGCACCCAAUCCUCAAUCAGGGGGCGAAGAAGACUAUUACCGUGAUCGCUCCCCAUCUCCUGACCCGUCCGGAGGCCACCGAAACCCGUUUGUCGAGCAUGUGGAGGAAGAUAUGGAUGAUGAGUAUGAAAUGCAGGGUGAUGUGGGCAUGGGUCACGGAGGGAUGUACGGAGCCGGGAGUAGUGAUCGUCUUCCAUUAGUUGAGGAGAGUACGUAUCACCAAGGGUACGGAGCCCAUCUCGAGCCCCAAGCAGGCACAUACCCACCAGCCCACGGCGGCGGCUAUCUCGCCCCUCUCCGCUCCUCCUCCCCAACCCCCUCUGACCCCCACGCUGCUCCAGGUUUGAGCACCCCCGCCCCCUCGCAGCUAAAACGCUACAACACCCGCCGCAUCCCCCUUCCCCCCUCCGGCAUCCUCUCCGUCGACCACCCCGUACCCACCGCCGUCCGUAACGCCGUACAACCGAAAUACAGGCUCGAGGCCGAAGAACAGGGUCGGAAUGAGUUUACCCAUAUGCGAUACACGUUGGCGGUUGAUGAUCCGGAUGAUGUGACGGAGGCGAAGGGGUAUGGGUUGAGACAGAGAGAGUAUGGGCGGACGACGGAGUUGUUGAUCGCGAUUACGUAUUAUAACGAGGACAAGGUAUUGACAAACCGUACCCUAUACGGCGUCAUGAAAAACAUCCGUGACAUCGUCAACCUCAAAAAGUCGACAUUCUGGAACAAAGGCACCCCAGCCUGGCAAAAAAUCGUCGUCUGCCUCAUCUUCGACGGCGCCUCCAAAGCCGAUAAAGGCACCCUCGACGUCCUCGCAACAAUCGGCCUCUUCCAAGCAGAUGCCAUGAAAGCCGACCUCAAUGGGAAAAAAGCCACGGCGCAUAUUUUUGAGUAUACAUCUCAAGUCUGUUUUCAUCCCGAGGAAGGGAUGAUUUGGCCAAAGGGGGAUGCGGAUGAGGGUGCGUUUCCGCCGGUACAGUUGUUGUUUGUACUCAAACAGGAAAACGCGAAAAAAAUCAAUUCGCAUCGCUGGCUUUUCCACGCUGUUGGGAAGAUGCUCGAGCCCGAGGUCUGUAUCCUCCUCGAUGCGGGGACGAAGCCGGGAGCGAAGAGUAUCAUAAAUUUGUGGGAAGGCUUUUAUAAUGAUAAGAAUUUGGGCGGGGCCUGUGGGGAGAUUCAUGCCAUGUUGGGCAAGGGUGGGAGGAAUUUGAUUAACCCACUCGUCGCCGCACAGAAUUUCGAAUACAAGAUGUCCAACAUCCUCGAUAAACCGCUCGAGUCGUCGUUCGGGUACGUGUCUGUCCUUCCCGGCGCUUUCUCCGCAUACCGGUUUGCCGCGAUUCAAGGGCGGCCGUUGGAGCAGUAUUUUCUGGGCGAUCACUCGCUUGCUGAGCGGUUUAGGAGGGAGGGAAAAAAGGGCGUGGAUGAUAUGGGAAUCUUCGUGAGGAACAUGUAUCUUGCCGAGGAUAGGAUCCUCUGCUUCGAACUCGUCGCAAAACGUGGCUGCAAAUGGAAACUCGCCUACAUCAAAGCCUCCAAAGCCGAAACCGACGUCCCGGACGCAGCUCCCGAAUUCAUCGGCCAACGCCGUCGCUGGUUGAAUGGAUCUUUUGCAGCGAGCGUGUAUGCCCUCGCUUUCUUCUAUCGGAUGUAUGGGAGCAAACAUAAUCUGAUCAGGAUGUUUUUCUUCCAUGUGCAGUUUUUGUAUACGCUGUUUGGGUUGUUUUUGAGUUGGUUCAAUUUGGCGAAUUUGUGGUUGACGUUUUCGGUUGUUAUUGAUUUGGCGACGAAUUGUUCGGAUUUAUCGACCAAGGCGACGAAUACCACGACGAAUGCGACGGCUGCUGCUGCUGCGACGGUUGUGAAGAGGGCUUUGACGUAUCUUCCGGUGGAUGAGUUGGUGAAGCGCGCUGGUACGGGUACAAGUGGGCAGUUAUAUUUCCAUCCCUUUGGCGUGGAGGGAACGUGUGACUUCAAUAUCGUGUUGAAGUACAUCUAUACUGCGACGCUGCUACUCCAGUUCAUCCUAGCCCUUGGCAACAGGCCGAAGGGAUCGAAGUACACGUACUACGUUUCUUUCAUCGUCUUUGCCGUUUGCCAAGUCUGGCUUCUCAUCAUGAGUUUCUUCCUCGUCUAUGCUGCCUUCAAGAAUGUCAACCUCGGCAGCGGCGGGUUCCUCGACAAAAUUGGUAUAUUCUUCGGAAUCGGAGUCACGAAGGCAGAUAUAGCCAAUGGAGUGGCGCCCGGCGGUCUCUAUGGUCUGAUUAUCUUGGCUCUUGCGGCGACGUAUGGUUUGUAUUUCGUGGCGAGUGUCCUGUAUCUCGAUCCGUGGCAUAUGUUCCACUCCUUCCCGUUCUAUCUGCUCAUUGCGCCGUCAUAUAUCAACAUCUUGAAUGUGUACGCCUUCUGCAAUACCCACGAUGUUUCAUGGGGAACGAAGGGGUCUGACUCUACCGCGGCACAUCUACCGGGCGCUCACUCAGAGAAAAAGGAUGGUGCGGCUGUGGUUGAGGAAGCUGCGAAACCUCAGGAGGAUAUUGAUGCGCAGUUUGAGAAGACGGUGAGGGCUGCGCUGAUGCCGCUGCCGAGGGCCGUGGAUGAUGAGAAGCCGAGUCCUGAGGAUAAGGAUAAGGCGUUUCGCACGAGACUCGUUGCUUCUUGGGUUUCUACGAAUCUGCUCUUAAUCGCCGUUCUGACGUUCAGUAACUUUGACCAGUUGUUCGGGACUGUGAGCUAUGCAGCCGAUCGUACUCAGGCUUACUUCAAGUUCCUCCUCAUCGCAACCGCGGUCCUGAGUCUCAUCAGGUUCCUGGGCCAGCUCACCUGGCUUGCGAAGACGGGUAUCCUGUGGGGCUUCAGGAGGCAUUGAUUCAAAACAGUUUAUCUUUUCGGAAGAAUGAGGGGAGUAUAUUUUGGAAAGUUUCGCUUUUAUCUUGCUUUGCGGUUUUUGGUUUGUAUGACAAUGAAUAUCACUGAUAUCUGCU